GUUUCACUCACACUUACAGGCGGGUCCCGGCACAGCUGUGCGCGCUGCCACAGCAACAAUACAUUGAGACGUAAACAAACGAUUUUUGAAUUUUUAUUUCUUUGCCCAACGCACACACACACACACAUACCGCAAGUAGGCCAAAAUGUACGGCAAGGACGAUCGAUCCAAGGACAAUCGCAAGAAUAUGAAGCAGCAUAAAUAUUACCACAAGCAACAGCAACAACAACAACAACAGCAACAGCAGCAGCAACCGCAGCGUGGCGGCAACACAUCCUCCAGCUCCCCACAAACAACGGCGGUACGCAGCAUUGUGGAUGUGGCCGAUUCCAGCGAUGAGCCGCGCUUCGCACGCAAGGGCUGGUCGAGCGGCACCCGCUCGCUGGCACCGCAGAAGAACCGCGAUAUGCUCGACACACUGCCGCCAACGGACACAGACGAUGUGGAGCAGCUGGUCGAUGGCACGCCCAUUGAUGAGAAUGCGCGCGCCCAGCUGCGGGCCGGCGACUACAAGCAGAUGUCGCAGUUUCCCAGCAUGGGCGGCGGCCAUUUCAGCUUUGGCGCCGAGAAGGAAUGGAAUAACAUAGCCGAAGGCCAGACCCAGCUGCACACAAAGGCGGCCAGCAGUUACUUUACGCUAAAUCUCAGUCUGCUCAACUGUGGCCUGCAAACCAUUCCGUUCUACAAGCGCAUGGACUACUCGACCAGCAUGUUCACGCGCCAGCAGAUUGUGGCCCAAAACGAAGCAGCUGAGCGCGCCGAGCGCAUAUACCAGGAGCGUGUGCUACGCGAAUCGAAUGGCAUUGGCAGCGCCGGCAAAUCCCGUGCGCCCUCUGCCAAGUCCGCAAAGCAGGUGCAGCCGGCGACGGGCGCUGCAACAGAUGCGCCCGAUGAGCUGGACGAGCUGCUGGCGCUGACCGAUACGCAGCUGGCGCAGACCACCAUCGCCUCGGGCCAAACACUGCCAAUUGCCUCGCCGGUGGUGCAGCCGGCGACGCCAACGAGUGCCGGCAAAAACGAUGUGGAGCAGUGGCUGGACAGCGUGCUGGAUGAGUGAGCCACCAAAGGCAACGAGAGCUAAACUCCAAACGCAUUUUCUAUCCAAUCCUAUCGACGUAUAUGAUGUAUGCUUAAAGCGCUUCUUUAAUUAAUUAAAUUGCUUAAAUAAUCAAA